AUGGCUUGGUUGGAAAGCUUAAAAUCGUCUUCAGCAGCUCGCUUGGUGUCGUCUGCGGCGAGGGAGAUUUUUAGUGAAAGCACCUCCGAAAUUGAAGAUCCUGUUGCCGAUCUAAGAAAUUCCCGAUCAAGAAUCGCCGAACUGGAACGUCUUGUUAGUGAUUACAAGUCGGAGGCACAAAUCAAGGAAUUGAUUGCGGAAAUAACUCUUUGGAGAGGUGAGCCUGAGGGCGAAUGUUUACCACCAAGUGUUUCGAACCAUGUAUCCCCGGAAAGGAGUGAUGCAGCUCUGAUUAGUAAGACACUUUUUAGCACUUUUUUUACUUUAACGUUGCAGGUGCGAGUCAUGCAUGGCACCGGAGAAGCUGUUAAUGAAUCAGUCAACACUCCAGCUCUCGGUGGCGUUAGUGAUGUUGGCGAUAUGGAUAUAGAUGGUUAUAAUUCAGAGUCCGUUGAGUCGCGUUUCAUUCGAAUAAGAGAGGCGCUUUCAAGUGCUGUAAGUCUUCUGCCUCCGCUAGCGUCUGAUCACGCUGUGAUGGAGUGGCCACCGAGGCAGCCGGAGGCACAGGUUGCCGUCCUUGUAGCCGCCGAGGCUGCUUCUCGUCAGGAGCUUAUGAUGACCCGCGCAUACAUAGAUCAGCUUCAGUGUCCUCUUCCCAGUCCACUUCCUUGCAAUGGUGCAGAGUUGUACUCCAACGAAGUCACCACUGAUCCCAUUGGUGCUGCUCUGGACCGUUCGAUUGGACCUGUCUCUACUUCUGCUCUCUCCCAACACCAAUCCCCACUAAGACUUGUGCAUGUUUGCAAACUUCUGGAGAAAACCUUAAUCUCUUGCGCCAAAUUUCUUCGUGGCGAAUGCCGUCUGGCGGACUUCGAUGAAGAUGUCAGUCCUCUUAUUCAAGUAGAAGAGCACUAUGCAGACAUAGUUGAGAUGCUGAGAUCGGCGUUUGCUUCCACUCCACUAGAGCGCGCUCUGAAAGAAAUUUGCCAUCAGUUAGAAGCUUGUGGCGAAGUCAUUGAUAUAGCGGAUGUAAAUAGCCCAACCGUCUUAAGGUUGUGUGAAUUAUUAUCGAAAAGGAAGGAUCCUCCUCGUGACUUUUUAUUGAACAGUAAAGGAAAGGUUGAAAAAGAUGAUCAGAAAAUUGUCGACAAAUUCAACAAUUUGGUGGAGAAAUUGGAGUACAAAGAUGCUCUUUCAGCUGCCAUUUUGUGCAUACUCAACGAUAUAGAAACUGGUUCAGAGAGUUUUGAUUCGACUGCUUAUAAACUUGAUGUCGAUGGCCUUAAUAUUGUCAACCGCUUAGGUGCUGCACUGUUUACAAAAAGCGCUGCUGCAUGCGUUAGUCAGUUGGAGAAGGAAUCGAUUGAAGGCAUUCGAAAUCGUAUUACAUCUGUAGACAAAACUGAUUUGGUCCCAGAGUUAAAAGCCGCGCUGUCUUGCUUGGACACCUUAUUCAACGUUAUCGACGACUGCAGAAAUGACUUGACUGAAACCGUGUCUACUGAAGCCAUCCGACGAAAGGUAUCCAACUACACUGUUGCCAAUGCCUUAUUGAAGCUUUUGACACUCAAAAAAAUCGAUGAAGGGAAUGAAUUGUUUACAGUUUUAAAAAUGAUAAGAAUGAUGUUGCAUGAAGAUACGAGCAAUUUAACCUCAGAGCAAACAAAUUUGACUGACUCGAGCUUAUCAGAGAAGGCAAAUGCAAUAAUCAACUGCUUCGCCCAGCUCUCCAAGCUUGCUGCGGAACAUGAGCUGCGUGAUUAUCUGAUUGAACUGGUGAAUCAUGGUAAUCCAGAUCCCACAAUUUUGAACCCCCAAAACCAGACCAUUGCCAGGAGACUAAUUGAUAUGCUGAGUCAUAGGCACCAAUCUGAUUCUAUUGUGAUUAGUCUAUUGGAAGCGGUAGUGAAAGGAGUGCAGAAUAAUGCUCUGGAUGGACUGGAUGAAAGGAUAGCAUCAUCCCAAGUUGAUGAGAGGUUGUUAAAUUGCCUCCACGACCUGCUGAGGAGUUUUGUGAAUUUGAGAACCAAGUUUGCACAAGUGGAAAGGGACAAGGUGGCGCUGGGUCAGCUAGUGCGCAGCAAGCACGCAGAGAGUCAGGCCUAUCAUGCGAAACUAAAGGAGGUUCUCACUGAACGGCAGUCCAAUCACACGGAUAAGGGCGAAGAUAUCGCCAAAUUAAUGGCGAAAAUUGAGCGACUGGAAUUGCAUUUGCUCCAGACGGAGGAGAGCUAUACACGGGAGACUGUUGCAGCGGAGGAGCGCGAGGCUUCCCUGAGGGCGAAAUUAGGCCAGACGGAGGAGCAGUUGGCUGCGCUGCAGGGGUUCGUUGCCUCGGCCGAUGAGCAGAUUGGGUGCGCUCUCGAAGAGCGUAACGUUGCCCGCGAGGCCUGUCGUACUUUUCAGGCCGAGCUUUCGACAUUCCAGUUAAGCUACACGAAUCUGCAAAAGGUCCUCAACAGUCUCGAAAAGGAAAAACAAAUGGAGGCGGAUGCAACAGCGCAGCACUUCCGACUUGAGAAUGAGCGAUUGCAGCAGGAGAUAGAGCGUUUGCGUCAGCUCGUUAAGAAUUUGGAGGUAGAAGUCGCCCGUCUUGGGGAUGUCGAAACAAAUAAUCGUGCCCUUCAAGAACAGUUAAAGCAGCAUGAUAGUCGCCUUUCUGAAGCUUAUUCUCUAGCUCGUCAUUACGAGGAACGUAUCAAAGUUCUUAAGGGCAAAAUGAAGGAGAUGGCAGAAGAACUCGAUGGAAAGUUAGACAAAUCCGUCAUGAAAAGUCUAUUAAUAAGCUGCAUGAAACUCCCGCCAGCAAAACGACCUGAAGCAUUUCGUUCUCUUGGAAGUGUCCUCAACUUUACGUCUGAAGACUACGACUUGCUCGGUUUCAAUGAACCUAUCGCCAAGAAUUGGAAGGAACUAUUUUGGAGAUCUGAUGCGUCAACAGUGGAGAAAAGCCUUAAAUCCGAGCAGUCAUUCAUUGAGCUUCUCGCAAACUUCUUGGAAAAGGAAUCUGCUCCUCCCAGUCAAAUACGACUGCCAACCGAUUACUUGAGGCGCAAUAGCACUGGAGUGGACACCGACUGCAAGAUUUCGCAGGGAUACCGAAACUCUGCAUCAAUAAUUCAACAUCGCCUAUCGUCCCCACAUCUCACACCGUGUGAACAAGUUGCAUCGCCCAAAAAAGCUAAUGCUUCCAACAAUCCUCUUAUCUCUGGUCUUCCCAUUGCGAAAUCCCCAUCUGCCAUGAAUUAG